CAGCGCCAACGUCGGCUAUGGAGUUAUUGUUAUUGUUACGAUCCUCCUUCGCACUUGGCCAUUGUUGGCCACCGAUGGUCCACCAUGUCAUCUCCGUUUAGGCCCUCUUCAUUUAUAUGUUAAAAACCCACUGCUCAGGUUGAUGAAAUCUCAGUCAAAAAAGACAGACAUUAAUCCACGAUCUUACACAGAACCAUGGCGCUUUCUUAUUCAGACUUAUCUUCGCAAUGCGCUUUGUCCAGUUCCCAGCUCUCGUGGUGUUCAUCUGCGGGAUCGAUUAAAGGAGGGGUUUUUGGUAUCACAUAACGGCGAUCGUCGCUUUGAUUGUAUGCAGAAAGGUGUCAAAGUUUUAGAGCUGGAUAUCUGGGACUUUAGGACAAUGGUCAGACGAUACAUCGACGACGCCCCAGAUUGCUUUAUCACUGAGUCAGACAAACCGGACAUGAAUAUCCCUUGUUAUGGCGUCAACAGCUUGAAUAUGGGUCAAGUCAAUUUUUUGUCUCGCGUCGACGGCCAGGAUGAAUUCCUUCUCCUCAUCAUGACGUUCGUGCUGGGACCAGUCACCCAUUGUUGUCGGAUUCUCAAUAAUAUCCCGCGAUAUGUACCUAUGGCUCAAUCUCUCGAAUUCAUUGCGUCGCGUGGACCGGAUCAGAAAGCUGCAGUUGAGUGGGACGUGCUGAGAAUCCCUGCCACUACGUAUGGCGAGGGAUCUCUUUCGAUCAUUUGUGUUCCACCGUGGAAACUUGACUUGAAGGAUUUGCGUGCCUUUACAAUGCCCGAAAACAUUCCUCAGAAUGUGGCUCGUCAUCCUCGUUUCCAGGAAAUUUCAGAGGCUGCGAGAAAUACGGCCCACGAUUUAUGGCAGGUGGUCCUUGAAUCGUGUGCCCCCGCUGGUCCUUGUUUUGUUGUCACUAACUAUGCCUUUUGGUGUUUUGGACGGUUUGAGGCAGCAAAACCGAGAAACAGCAAAGGUAAAGAAAGAGAAGGCAAUGACGAAGGUUGGGCAACGGCCACGGUCAGUCCACCUAUUGAGCUGGAGAUGAGUAUACCCAACAGUGUCAGGCUUCCGAUGAAGACUGAACCUAUGGGCUUGGGUUGCACGGUUACAGAGUGUUUGACAUUUUGGAUUCAAAUGACAAGGGGUGCUGCGUCUUGGAUGCAAACGUAACGAUAUUCUACUGCGAUGCGCGGCUUUUUUUUGGCGAAAUGAGCCUCGAUGACUGAUGAAGCUCAAAGUCUCAGAGAUAGGACUGUAGUAGAUGUACACUGAAGGAGCAAGUCAUAUAGAUAUCAAAAAUAUAGAAUUCCAGAGGAGCGAU